GAAACAUUUUCGUAAUUGUUGAGGACAAGGCAUGACGGUGCCGCCGCUGUCGGUCGAGACGAUCGACUUCGAUGAAGCAAACAUGGAGCAUCGCAUGAGUUCGUACAGUAAUGCGACCGAUACCACCGAGUCCUCUGAUGAGAACUACCAAGAAACGUGGCUCGAAUCGGAAACAAUGGACGACCUCAUCUCAGGCAAGGUGUUCCUCGACGAAAUCGACGUCAAGGAUGACUUGGACGGCGGCGACUGCACCACCAUCAACCAAUUGCACGAUUCUCCCCGCCGCGAACGACUCCGAUCCAAGACGUACUCGGUGUGCAGCACCAACUCCACUUGCAGUUGCGUGUCAUUCACUGCCAAAGAGCGAUGUCUGUCCGACCUCAGUGCAUGCAUGGACUACACGUACCUGAAUUCCCCCGCCCUCAGUGUGCGUGUCAUCGGAACUGCCACCGUCGGCGGUUUACUGCUAUACAGCAUUCGCGCCGAAGAUGAAACCAACGGCACGUGGACAAUCCAGAAGACGUACAAAGAACUGUACACGUUGUACAAGCAAGUCAAGAGUGUGUCGACGUCUCCAGUGGACACUCCGUUCUGGGGAACGCUGCAUGCGCUUCGCAAAUGCCGCGUGCCGAAGCGUCUUUUUCGUCUCAAGUCGCGCAAGUCGAUCACGUGUCAGCGAAUGGUGAUCAUGGAUUCGUUCAUUCGCCAGACUGCGAUGAUCGUCCAACCAACGCCAUUGGGCCCUCAGCGCCGACAAGUCCUCGAUCUACUGCGGGCAUUCAUCGGUAAAAGUCCCAAUUCCACCGGUCCGAAGCGCACCACGGCCGAGUAUCUCCUGCGCAAAUCGUCCUUCAUGCAGAGCGCGUCAUGCACCACGUGUGCGGCGGCGUCGGAGAAACCGUCGGCUACGGAUAUCGCCAAGGUGAUCUCGACGGCGUUCGAUUCCCAUCUUGCCGCGUCCUGCGAGUCCUUCAUCGACCAAUUCACCCACCGCGCGGCCACGCUGUAUGUGCCUCCGGCCAAGAGUUUGUUGGCGAAAAAGUCGAGUUGCCUCGAGACCCGCAUUUCGAAAGAAAACGCAGACGCGAUGCUCGACUGCAUCAAGACGACCAUGGCAGACUUCAAGGCGCAACUGGUUGACGCCCCGCCCGUCGUCGAGUUCCUUCGCUCGACGCGGCUCAAGGUUGUCGACCCCGAAGCAUACGAGGAGGUAUCCCAACACGUUCGUCGCGAAGCUACGUCAAUCGUCCAAACCCACAUCUACGUGGCUCUCGAAGACGACAUUGCCGAAUGCUUGCGGGGGGUCGUCCAGGACACGCACGACGAGGCGCUGGUCCGGAAAAUGCGCGCCCUGGGAAGGAAGCCCCAAGCGUGGUUUGGCGUGAAAGCCGACUUUUCCGACGACGAUUGGAUCCACGCACGGACCGAACUCGGCGCUAUGGACCUGUGUACCCUCCCCAUCGACAAGCUCAAGUGCAUCAUGAAUGCCGCCAUGGGCGUGUACCAGACGGUGGUCGAGUCGCACGGCGGCGAAGCCAACAACCCCCCGUGCCUGACGCUGUCGGCCGACGACUUUGUACCGAUUCACAUUUACGUUGUGGUCACGAGUCUGCUGCAAAACCCGCUUGUGACAAAGGAAUUACUCGCGUUGAUCACCGACCCCUCCGACCUCACGGGCAAAUUGGGGUUUUACUUUACCAAUUUCAUCGCCGCAGUCGAACACAUUGCCCAGCUCUCCGACACGGCCCUGUAGAGUGUGUGUACUACUAUUGUUAUUUAUUAUUAAAAGAGAAUACUAUUAUUAUUAUAAGUUA